AUCCUACCUUCUCUUCUCCAAAACCCACCAAGCAGAAGCAAAAAAAGAUUCAAACUUUCUGCUACCCAUUACCAUUUUCGGGUUCUUACUUCUUACUCAAGCUACUUCCAUGGUAUUGGGUGUUCUUCCUGAUUCAUAUUCCCAACUCUGGUCAUCCCAAUUCUCUGAUCACAGCAGACAUUCUGCAGAAGUUUGAAGCUUUGGCUUCUGACGAACCAAGUGGCUCGAUUCUAGAUUAUGCUUGAAGGCUGCUGACGCUGCUUGUCGGUUUGUUUCUGUUGGAGAUUGGCUGGUUUAUAAAAAAAAUUGGGGUAGCCAAGGAAAAGAAAGAGCAGACUGAUGGAAGGAGGAGGGUGGAGCUGGGAGCAGAGAACACUGGUGAAUGAGCUGAUCCAAGGGAUGGAAUUUGCAAAACAGCUGAGCUUUCAUCUCAAGGGGUCAUCUUCGGUUGAGAAUGCUGAGAUUUUGGUGCAGAGGAUCUUGUCUUCUUAUGAGAAGGCUCUGCUGAUUCUCAAUUGGAGUGGAUCAGUUGGACAUCAACCUCUGCAAGCUGCUGCUGUUACUGCAACAGUAGCUGCUGCAGCUACUGGUUCUGGUUCUGGGGUUCCUGGAUCUCCAUUGUCUACGAAUGGAAGUCCUAGGAGUGAGGAUUUUGAUGGAACCAAGGAUCAUCAAGCUCCCAUUAAUGCCUCCAAGAAGAGAAAAACAAUGCCCAGGUGGACAGAUCAAGUUAAAGUCAGCUCUGAGAAUGGAUUGGAAGGUCCAAUUGAUGAUGGCUAUAGCUGGAGGAAGUAUGGCCAGAAAGACAUUCUAGGAGCCAAAUAUCCCAGAAGCUAUUAUAGGUGCACAUACAGGAACACACAAAACUGCUGGGCUAUCAAGCAAGUUCAGAGAUCAGAUGAAGACCCUACCAUCUUUGAGGUCACAUAUAGGGGACAACACAGCUGCUCCUUUGGCCAACAGCAAACAGUUGCAACACCACCACCAGCAUCACCAGAGAAAAAAGAACAGAUCAAGCACAACUUCAGCAGCAGCAAUCAACAGCAGCCACCGCCUGGAGAAGCUUUGCUUAACUUGCAGAAGGGUCUGAAAGUUGAUACUCGGGAUUUGGACAAGAGAGAGGCAGUGCCUUUCGCUUUUCCUUCCACAUAUGAAUGCCAAAAUAGCAACUUCUCCCAGUCGUUUCUCUCACCAGCCACGCCAGAACCAAACUACUACCAUGUUUCUCCAUUUGUGAACAGCUCUGGAUGGGCACAGACUUUGCAGCAUUCGGAUUCAGAUUUGGCUGAGAUACUCUCAGCUCAAACUUCAGCUACCAGUUCUCCAAUGCUGGACUUGGAUUUCCAACUUGAGCCAUUCGAACUGGUUCCGAGCUUCUCGUAUGCCCCCGGAUAUUUCUCUUGAUUCUCUCUCUCACUACGGUCAGUCAGGGACGAUAAGAACGAACACAAAUUUAGUUGCAGGUUGAUCUUUAGAUUGUAUCAUAAAGACAGGAAAAGAAAGACAGUGUGUGUAAAGCAGACUAGCUAUAGCUCUUGCAGCUGAGUUUUGAUGUAGCAAUAACAGCAGUAACUGGCU